AAGACAAAGUAAAAGAAGUUGAACAGAACAAGGCCAUGAGCCAGGAAUUCAGCCAGCAAAUCCAGAAGAUAGCCAAAGAUCUCACAACUAUUUUAACAAAGCUGAAAGCAAAAACAGAUGAUUUAGUUCAAGCCAAAACUGACCAAAAGGUGCUGGGAGAGGAACUGGAUGGUUGUAAUUCAAAGUUAAUGGAAUUAGAUGCAGCAGUACAGAAGUUCUCGGAACAGAAUGGCCAACUGGGUAAGCCACUGGCCAAGAAGAUAGGAAAACUGACUGAACUUCACCAGCAGACUAUUAGACAGGCUGAGAAUCGCCUCUCCAAGCUCAGUCAG